AUGUCACUUCGAAGAUCAGUCGUUCAUACGACUCUGAACCUCUCGAGGGCUAGGUCUGCUAAACCUACUCCAUCUGGUUAUUCGUAUUUACAAAGUAAGAAGAGAUACUUUGGAAUAUCAUCAGUAAGGAUGAGCUCUACCAAUUCAACUCAAGUGGAAUCGCAAGAACCUACACCUGCAGAUGUAGAUACAUACCUAACAUCCAAGAUCCUGCAUCCGUCCUAUGGCAAUGACCCAACUCUGGAAGAAGGUCUAACCAGAGCGAGGGAGAACGACUUACCUGAAAUUCAAGUAUCUCCAUUACAAGGUCAGUUUCUCAGUGUGCUGGUUAAAAGUAUAGGCGCAGAGAGGGUACUGGAAAUUGGGACUUUGGGUGGUUACUCAACCACAUUCUUAUCGAAAUCACUCCCUCCUCACGGUCAAAUAGAUACUCUCGAACUAUCCCCUCACCACGCCAAGGUAGCUCAAGAAAACUUCCUCGCAUCUGAUUUAUAUCCCUUCCCCCGUAUCCAUAUUGAUCCAGGUCUAGAUACGCUCAAAAAGCUAAAGGUACCGGAAGAAGGUCCAUACGAUUUCGUUUUCAUAGAUGCUAACAAGGAUCAAAUCAAAGAUUAUUUCAUAGAGAGUUUGAGGGUUGUUAGGAAGGGUGGGGUUGUGGUGGUCGAUAAUGCUAUAAGGAAUGGGAAAAUUCAUCCUGAGUCAAUAGCCGAUCCAACGAAGGAAGUACAAGGCCUUAGAGCACUGUACGACUGGAUAGAGCAAGAUGACGGUAAGACCGUUUUGAGCAGCGGGAUACAGACGGUAGGAUCAAAAGGUUGGGAGUGA